AUGGCUCGAGUGGAAGGUAAUGUUGAUGGAACAACAAAUAUGUCUUCAAAUUAUCGCAGCAGGCUUUGGAUUUCCGAUGGCGAUUCAAAGCGCGACUGCUCAUGGCUAUGGAGGCCAAUUUUACGCGUUGUUGUGGUGGUGUGUUAUACAGGGAAAAUAGUUCUGAAGUUUAAAGAUCCAAUAUUCCUCAUCGCUAUCACCGAAAAGAGGAAUGUCCAUGCGUCCACUGGACUCGCUGGAAUGGAUGAAUGUGACUGUGAAGUGGGCGAGGAUUCCGUAUUGCUAACCUGA